ACUCGUGAAAUACAUAUAUCAUAGGUGAACGUAUCUUGCAUGACGCAGUUACUACGCCAUUCAGACUUGAGUUGACAUUAUAGAACGAUGUGAUAUAAUAGCCUAUCCUCAUCGUUGCCGAUACGUUCCCAACAUGGAGUGGAGUUUAAUGAACCCCAUCGGUCUGUUAGAGACUGAGAUGGGCUUUAUGGCCAAUGGAAUAUACUUUGUAUCAGAUGAAUGUAAAGAGACCCUUCAAGAAAUGUUGCAACUGCUGCUGACUUCGGAUGGCGCCGAUGGUCAGAUCAGACAAAAACUUGGACAGCAGGACAUUAUCAGAAAGGAUCUGUUGCCUCUACUCAUGGCUUUAGAAGAAGACUCAGAACUUUUCCAUGCAGCCAUUGAACUUCUCUCGCUGCUAACACAACCUUUGAGUCUGGGACAAAAUAGCCUCCAAGAUGGAUUUGAAGAGCAGGCGCGGUCGAAGGCUGUGCUCGCCUUACUACGACAAGCUGACGACGUUUGCUGGAGCGUGGAGUUUUUUGCUAAGUUUAAGAAGGAAGUCAUGAAUCGUCUUGAAAGGGCUUCAGAUGGUGUCUUGAAUCCAUUAGAUUGUGAAACUAUUAACUACUGUCUGUUGCUUAUCCGAAACUUGUUCUACUUUGGAGAGACAGACCGCAAGGAACACAUCAAUAACUUCAGAUUAAGGAUGAUAUUUGAGAGCGGCCUGGAUGAGAUGAUCAUGGCAGUCAUUCGUCACCACCAGAAGAUCUCGUUCACAGUGUCAGUUGUCCAGAUCCUUUCCUUCCUCUACAAAGACAAUGUAAAGAUUCUGCUGCGAUCACAACAACCAAUGUCCCCUGCGAGCUCCAACGUAUAUUCGUCUGAGGAGCAGUGCCUACAAGCAAUGGCCAACCUGGGCUUGAACCAGCUGGAACUGGGAGGCCCACUAUCCCCAGACGACAUCGAGGAUCCCACCGUACAACGUCGCUACAUAACAGCCAUAAUGGACACCAUGGAACUGAACAAGCCAAAAGUGGAUGAAAUUGGUGUCUGCUAUAGUGACGUCCCAGGCUUGCGAGUUGCCGCCAAUGGCACCGAUGCAGCCCGGAGUGAUCUCGUUGGACAAUAUUUGACUGACCUCGCACAAAAGUUUCUCUCCGAUGGAUAUGCAGGUUUCAUUGGAGAUCUGUUGGAACUUACUCUGUCGAAGAACAGCAGAAUAUUGGACAAUUCCUACCUGCUAUGGAGCAUAUCAUUUUUCCUUCGCUUCGCUAGACAGCAAGCAACUCCCCUCAGCAGUCUUGUAAAGUGUGUGGAUGGUAACCUAGUCUCUUACCUGGUGUACGUUGCCGUCGAUUGCUGUGAAAGGCAGUGGUCACUUCAGAGACAAAAACAGUGGUGCGACUUCACCCAGAAUAAGCUCCACCUCACAGUCCUGUCUCUGAUACAACUAUUCCGCUUGAUGCUCUCUGCCACAGAGGAUCCAGAAUGUCAGCAUCUUAUAACACCCACCAUUAAAGAGAGUCUCAUGGGGAUGACCCACCUUCGUGACGUCUUCGUGCUGCUUCUGAGGCAGCACCGCUGCCCAAACCAGGGCGUUGUCUACCUCCGCAACCUCAUCUGCGCCAACCACCACCUCCUCCUCAUCCUGGAGCAGUGGGGCGCAGACAAGACUAUGGCAGGCGACUUUUCAAUGUUGGAGCAUGUCAAAAAGUUUGCCACUCUUGAGAUUAUGGCGAAGUACGGCCAAGCCUUAGAGAACUUUGGGCAGAACGAAAAUGGGCUGAAUGAAUGCAUCCUCACUAUGAUGCAUCACAUAGCGGGCGAUUGCAACGAACCACAGUGUCUGAUGCAGCUGUCCAUUAUGAGAACGUUCUCCAACAUGUUGGAACAAAAACAUCUCCUGUCAUCAGAUUUCAGCGAUCUCAUCGAGUAUGUGUUGGAGCAGUUCAUGAUCUUCGCUGAAGAAAAGCCUAUGGCAACAGCUCAGAUGCUCUUCGGUAUUCAAGGAAAAGAGUCAGUGAAAGAAACGGGUGUGUGGUCAUCACAGGAGGAGGAAGUGCUUAUGUCGAGUAUUCUCAGCCUCACGGAGAGCGACAACAUCAUCGCGGAUCUCAGAGAUGCUUUACUUCAUUCCGGCUUUAAACGAACAGAGGAUGAGAUCGAACAGUUCAUCAAAGACAGUGGCUGGUUGGUAGAAGACUCAAUGAUGGACACCAUGGCCCCUUUGGGUAAAGAGAACACGCUGGAGGAAGACGAAAAGAUGAAGAUCAUUGAUGAACUGUCCCAGGUACCGGAAGAAGAUCUCAUUGAUCACCUCGUCUUACGACUGAAGAGCAGUGGCCAUGAGCAACACAUCACAUGGCUGCAAGAAAACCUUUUUGAGGCUGCCAAUGCCCAAAAUUGUGUAAUGGCGAAUACAAUCGACUUAAUACGGGAACCGGUCACUCGAAUAUGUGCAUUCAGGAAGAAGGAUAUUCCACUCAUCUUUGUGACAGAGGAACACGAAAAAAUAUGUCAUAAUGUGUACUUCUUCGCCUUACUAAACACUCUGGAUCUGAAGGUCGGAUCAAGUAAUGAACAAUUUGUUUUCCCGAGAGUGCCGUCUGAUUGGUCAGCGUCAGACAUUAUUCAAAAGAUGAAGAUGCUCGGUCCACUACCUAAUGAACAUAGCGAAGUGGAUCGGGUGGAAGAACUAGCAGUCCGGUUGUCCCAGGCAACGACUACUGAGCGAGAAUUCCCAGAGUUUGAACCCAAACAGUCAAGUUCUGUGAAAGAGAUGAAACUUCCGGAGAAAGAAUGGAUGUCAUGUGUUCAGGAAGCCAAUAAGUUCCAAGAAUCUCAGCACCUGCAGUUAACCAUGGAAACGAACUGAUGCUUUUGAACAUUGAGAGAGGAAGUCUUGUGAGAAUCAUUGAAAUCAUUAUCUCACCACACCAUGGAACUCUUUCAUGGAUCCAGACAUAUAUUUAUUGGUAUUCAUUAUGAGAAUGGUCACAAUACAGACGUACUGUCUGACAGUAAUAUAAAUCAUUUUUGGAGAAAAUGGCAUUAAUGCAAAACAAAAUAUCAUUUUUGUUGAACCAGACACACUUAUUUAUUUGUUUUCUGUUGAGUCUGGAGGCCAGAUAUGAACAAACUUAGUCAGGGUUUAUUCUUGACCUUUGAAGUUAUAGUUUUAAAAAGAAUUUGAAAAUUAAUAUAAUUAAAAGAUAAAGUACACCUAGUCUUGCCAGGGCUCAUCUUUACAUGAACAUGUAUAGAUAUUGUGUUCAAGAGUAAGUUAUGGAAAUAUUGUAAUAAGGAAUUAAUAUCUACUUUGGAGUUGUCUCCCUUGCAUCACAUCCGAUUUGGGAGUUAUCUCCCUUAUGAUCUUGCUGUUAUGGCUGAGUAUUUCAUGUGAGAAAAUGUGGAUUUUGUAUGUUGUCUCAUCUGGAGACUCUGACUGUUUUGUAUGUUGCUGUUCCCAGACUGUUUGCACAUUGCAUUUAUAACUUGAGAUUCAUCACUGGAUGAGGGUAAUAAAUGUACUGACGAGAAAAUGACAGCAUUAUCGCAAGAUCAUCAUGAAAGAUCUAACUAGGCGGACAAUUGUUCCUUGGGGAGUGUCCUCCCAAAAUUAAUGGUGGUACAUUUUGGAUAUCUUAACUAACCUGCUUUGAUACUUAAUGACCUGAAGAUAAAACGGGUUAUGAUUAACUUAUGAAAGGGAUCUUUUGAUCCACAGGAAAUACUAAAUUCUGAAUUUGUGGGAAUUAUUUGUAUGGCAACUAUCAACAACUUGACAGUUUUUGUUCUAGAACUUUUGGAAUUCUGGGCCCUGUUCCAUGAAGAGAUCAUAGUUCUUAGACCAUGCUAGAAUAUGAACAUUAUUAAGAUCUUGUUACUAUGGUUACUUCAGGGAACAGGGCACUGAAGUAGUGAAUUGAAUUGAGUGAGGAAAUCCUGAUUUUAAAAUACAGCAAUGACCCAAAUGCAAAAUCAGCCUUUGUUUCUCCUCAUAAACAUUAUUUUGGGUCAAAGCGUUGCUCCUAGUAAUUUAAUCACAGAUUUUUGACAUUAUCUAUGCACUUAAAGAUCUUCGAAAAGAAUUCCAAAAUUUAAACAAUUUUUUUUUUUAAUUUGCCAGCAUUGUAAUUUGUUUUAGAUAGUUAAAAAAUUCCUGGUACUCAAAUUGCCAAGAAACUGGUAUGGUCAAGAGCCUUUAAAUAUGGUUAUGCCGCCUUGUCUAUGUCAUUUCAUUGGAAUGUUUGCUGGUGAAACAGCCUUCCCUAAGUCAGGAAGACGUUACAUAUUUGCAUUUAACACUCAUUUGUUUAUGAUUAUAUCUCUGUGAACAUAAUUGUAUCCUGUCUGUUUCUGGUGGUUUUGAUUUUUUUUUCAAGAAUUCUUUAUCCGAGUUUAGAGCCUUAUUAAGUCAGUUACCAUGGAAACUGUCCAACUUUGGUAGCUUCGCUAAUCAUUAACUAUGAAAGGAUAUUGAGUUAAAUAUGAAGUAUGGUACUGUAUGUACAGCGUUGUUGUCAUAUACUGGGUAGAGUUAUGUCCCUUGUUAGUGCCAGGAUCCUCAGAUUGUUGGUUCAAGUCUCAAAUUGAUCCUGAUUGUGAUGUUUAGUAUGUUAGCAAUACAUGGUGAUUUCUCACAAAAACGGUAAAUAGGCGGUACUAUGUCUUGACCUUCUGAUGCAGACUUGUGAUUCAGCUAAUGUUCAUCAUCGGUCGGGGGUGGUGGGUAGCCCAGUGGUUAAAGUGUUCGCUCGUCACGCCGAAGACCCGGGUUUGAUUCCUCACAUGGGUACAAUGUGUGAAUCCCAUUUCUGGUGUCCCCGCCACGAUGUUGCUGGAAUAUUGCUUAAAGUGGCGUAAAACCAUAUUCACUCACUCAUCCUUAGUCGUCCAGUAUCUCCAUUCAAACUGACCCCCUGGAUCCAACGCUAGAUUCCUAUAAAGGCUGGUGCUUUCAUGACAACCAUGACUUGCCUUUCGAGGCACUUCUCUAAAACUAGAUGGCCAGUUCAGUUGUACUGUGCUUUCAUUAUUUGAUAGGGCGAUGGGGUAGUCUAGUGGUUAAAGCGUUUGCUUGUCACGCUGAAGACCCGGGUUCAAUUCCCCACAUGGAUACAAUGUGGGAAGCCCAUUUCUGGUGUCCCCAUCGUGAUAUUGUGAAGAUAUUGCUAAAAGCGGUGUAAAACUGAACUCACUCACUCAUGAUUUAACCAAGAUUUGUUUAAAGCUCAUGAGUGACACAAAUUCUGUGCAGUGUGAUAAGGUGACAUCACUUCUGGUAUGAAAUGGCGGUGGCGCCGCGGACCCGGGUUCGAUUCCCCACAUUUGUACAAUGUGUGAAGCCCAUUUCUGGUGUCCCCAGCCGUGAUAUUGCUGGAAUGUCACUCAGUCUGACAGGUCAGACGGUCAAUUGGUCUAGGGUGCUGGUCAUAGCAGAAUGGAGAUAACUGGAUACUCGUCAGCAAGGUCUUUCUGAUUUGUGAAUGGUGGUCAGCUGGAAUGGUCAUUGAUUCAGUUCUGGCAGUUCCGAUGAUUGCUACAAGGUGGUGUGGUCACUUUUCAAUGAAAGUAUUGACCAGGGAACAAUUUGUCAGACUUCUAACAACAUAUCUGCAGGUUGCGUUGUAAAACUUUGCAUCUCUUUCUGUAGAUUUUGCAUCUUUGGUGCAAUUACGAACAACUUUCAGACCUUAUUACGUUGAAAGUAAAAAAUCAAGUUCUUACUGCAACCGACCUUUUAAAUAUGAUUUGACAUUUGAAUUUUAAAAUGUCUAUUUUAUUUCUUUUUUCAAAAAUUCUAAAUGUGCCUGUUUCUCCUUGCCAAAUGUUUUGAGGUCAUAUGUUUAAAAGUGAUUAGCUGUUGAUGGAUAGGGUUCCUUGUUUAUUGGUUUAUUGUUUUUGCCGCAAUCAGCAAUAUCCAAGCUAUUUUCGUCGGCAUGUGAAUAAUGGGUAAUCAAGCCAAGACCAGUCAGUCUUGUGCUUUAUAUCAUAAUCAUCGUUUUACAUCAUUCUGACAGAAUGAUUUGUGUCGACCAAGUCAGCGAGCCUGACAACCCGUUAGUCGCCUCUUACGACAAACGACAUCAUUGUUGAUGAAGAUUAAUUCUGUCCCUGACAUGAACCGUUCUAGGAAUCAUGUAUAUCCCAAGCACAAUCCUAGCAGAUACAAGAGGUAUCAACAGCAAAACCGAUACAGCUGACCUUGAGUGUAUUUGUUGAAAAUAACACUUGCAAACGUUUUGAAUAAUUGAAAAUAAGAAUGAUUAACAGUUCUUGGAGUGUCGCUAUGAAUUUUCACUUUUUUUUAGAAACAUUUUACUUUUUGUACAAUUUUUGGAUGAACUGUUUGUUUGCAAUUGAAACAGUUUUUUUUGAUAGUUUUGAAAUCUAUUUUUGGAACUUUGACCAUUUUACCAGCAAGAUCUUUGCUGUCAUAGAAACAAGUGUUUGAUUUUUCUAUUGAAUGAUAGAAUUUGAAAAUGUUCUUGAAACAAGAGAAAAUGUUUCGAGUGAAAAAUAAGGAAUUUUAGAAACGAGCAGGCGUCAAUUGUCAGCUUAUCUGGAACUGAAAACUUGCACUACACCAAGGAAGAAACAUGCUGUUUCUUAAUGGUGUUUGGAUGUGCUUAAAUGAAAUAUGUUGGUCCUCUUGUAAGAAAGUUGUUGGAUUGUGAUAUUGCUGAUUAACCAGCAGUUACUAAACCACCAAAACAUAGUUGGUUUUGUGUUUAUUAAUUGUUUAACGCCGCACUCAGCAAUAUUCAAGUUAUAUGGUGGCAGUAUGUAAAUAAUCGAGUCUGGACCAGACAAUCCAGUGAUCAACAGUAUGAGCAUCGAUCUACGAAAUUGGGAUAC